AUGCUUUCGCUGUUGACAGUUUUAACUUCUUCAGUACCAAAAAGGUACCCUGGCAUGCUUUACGGCAAUGAAAACGAAUACAAAAUAUUAAUUGACAUGUAUUGCGAUCCUCUUUGCUCUGACUGCGCUUAUUCAUGGCCAACAAUUAAAAAAGUUCUUCAAUACUAUCCAAAAGACCUUCUUCUUAGAUUCCACACAAUUCCUCUUGAUAUUCACACAUGGUCAUACCACUCUGUUAAAGCUGUCCAAGCAUUAAGAUUAAUGGAUGAAGGAAAGGCUAAGCAAAUGCUUGAUAAGCUUUAUGAUGGCGAUCAAAUCUAUUUCCUUAAUACAGAAAUGUUCAACACAAGUGAAAAUCAAGCUAUUCAAAAAUUCUGCUCAUAUGUUGCUACAAACUUCGAUGUUAAUCAAAACGAUUACUAUAACCAAUAUGUUUCUAUGCAAACAAGGAGUGCUGCAGGUCAAGAGUCCGUUUUAUCCAUUACCCACCAAGUUAUGGGAACUCCAACAUUCGAAAUUAACGGAGUCAAGUCUGAUUUUAACGAAGAAACAACCUUUACUGAAUGGGUUGAAUAUCUUGAUAGUCUUUUGUAA